CGUGAUGAUUGUACACCAUUUCCUCGCUCUCCUAUCUAUUUCGGUAGACUGGAACUAUCGAGACGCCCGCGGUUUUUGUUGAUGUUUUUUGUCCGCUCACAGCCCUGUAUUUUCUUCUUGUGGUACAGAGGAAACAUAAAACUUAUCUCAGAGGGUAUUGCUAUCCAAACAGAGAGAAGCUUCGAAAGUCGUGUCAAGGUAUCUGCUCAUCUUUGGCUGUCCGUACAAGUCCGGUCUCCUGCCGAAGUUUCGAAUCAAGUUGAUGGUGGGAAAACGGUCAAUUCAUUUUGGUUGGACGUGGUUGUGAGGUUGGAUGAUGGAUUUGUGGGUUGCACGAGACUGGAUGCAUCGGUGAGAUCCUCCUAUUGAUUCAUGCUGCAGACACGAACUUGAUGCUUCUUCGGCUUGGAUGAUAGAAAUUAUUCAGCGUCUAGAACGGGACCCAUCUCGA